CACAUCAUGGCAUGUUCUUGUUGAUUUCCAAACCGAGUAUAAAUAGUUGACGGAUACGAUUGGUAUUGCGUUUCGGGACACCCCAUCUCUCUCUCUAUCUCCUGUAUCAGGUGAAUAUAUCGCCAUAUGAAACCCUAGAUCUUCAUAUAUGUGUCCCGAAUUGUUACACGAAAGCCUGGUGCUUUCAUCGUUAAUAUUGAAGUUAAUUGGGUUUGGAUUUUGGGUUUGAGAGCUCGGACUUGAGUUCUAGGGCUUAAUUUUGGGUAAGCCAGUUUGACAAUUGAAGUGGGUUUUAGGUUAUGGAGAGUAACAAGGACGAAGCUUUGAGAUGCAUAGGAAUAGCAAAAGAGGCGAUCCAGUCGGGGAACAAGCAGCGUGCGCUGAAAUUCAUUGGAAUUGCGCGACGGCUUAACCAAAGUUUACCUGUUGAUGAUCUUUUGGCCGCAUGUGAAAAUCUAGAUACAGAGUCACCUGGUCCUGCUAAUCAAGAAAAACACGUAAAUGAUACUAGGAAUGGGCCAGGUCCGGCCAAGUUUGAUGAGGUAUUGAAUGGGGAGCGUAAUUAUUCUGAAGAGCAAGUGCAGUUGGUUAGGCAAAUAAAGAGAAGUAAGGAUUACUAUGCAAUUCUUGGUUUGGAAAAGAGUUGUUCGGUUGAGGAGAUUCGGAAGGCGUAUAGGAAAUUGUCGUUGAAAGUUCAUCCGGAUAAGAAUAAGGCACCGGGUUCUGAGGAGGCAUUUAAGCACGUUUCCAAGGCGUUCAAGUGCUUGAGUGAUGAUGAUUCGAGGAGACAGUAUGAUCACACGGGUUUGGUUGAUGAAUUUGAGUACAAUCAACAGUAUAAUGUCAGGCGGCGGAGGAGGAGAACAACUGCGCAUGAUUUGUUCGAUGAAGAUUUUGAUCCUGAUGAGAUAUUCAGGUCCUUCUUUGGACAGGCUGACAUGUUUCGAACAUCUCAUGUUUACAGGACUAGAGGGACGGCUGCUCCACAGAGAGAAGAUUUUGGUGGAACAGGGCCAACUUUGAUGCUGCUUCUUCAAAUAUUACCAUUUUUGCUAAUUAUCUUGCUCGCCUAUCUACCCUUUUCAGAGCCUGAUUAUUCUUUGCAGAAGAAUUAUUCCUAUCAGUUUCCCAAGACGACUGAGAAACAUGGUGUGGAGUUUUUUGUUAAAUCACAAGAAUUUGAUCAGAAUUUUCCCCUUGGAAGUCCUGCUCGAGUUAACAUUGAGAGCAAUGUGAUUAGGGAUUACAAAAAUAUGCUUGGGCGCUACUGUCACAUGGAACUCCAGAGGCGUCAAUGGAGCAGGAACUUGCCAACUCCACACUGUGACAAGCUUCAUAACUUUGGAGUAGCAUAAAGAUUGAGCCGGUUUUGUGGCUGGAAUUUCAGAGACUUGAAUGGCAAUACCAUAUAUGAUAAUGAGCCUGAACUCAAGACAGUGGCUGGUAUAUAUGGCAUAUGGUCGGGUUCAGUUGCACAUGUGAACCAGGGACUUUGCCUUACGUUACCCAUCUGCCGAGAUGUUCCUGUAUGGUGGUAAAUAGAGUUCCUACGAUAUCAGCAUUUGGUUUAUGGUUAUACUUAUUGUGCACUUUUUAUGCCUAUCAUCUAGUUAACGCCUUGCAGGCAGAGGAUAGAUUAAGUAUCAGUGCAAAAUGGAACUUUUCAAUUUUCAAUAAGAUACAAUUAUAUUUUUGAAGGAUAUGUCAUUUGUCAAGCUUUGAUGAUGACUUAAGUGUGUGCUUGAUGUUUAGUACCUCAGAUACGUCAUAACUAAAUCUAUGUAUUCUGAUGCUCUUGUAAUGCAUUUUGUGUAUACCCGCCAUGCAAUGCUUUCUCAUUUUAGCUCUUCUGUGACACGACUGAGGUCUGUAAAUUCCCGGGUUAUUGAUUGCUCGAGUGUUAUCUUGAUUCUGUUCUUCA